CUCGAUUCCCGAUUUUAAUCAAAUUGAUAAUGAACGAACGUAUCAUAGGCCACGUAGGUACAAACCGAGUACUAAAAGAGCAGGUAGCAAUCAGAAAAUUCAGUAAUUCCAAUCUAGUGUUGAUCAUAUAACGUCACGAUAGAAUUGAAAACGACCUAAAGAAAGAUGAAAUUCCUCUGCGUUGCAUUGUUGUUGGCGAUGGUCGCCUUCGUCGCAUCUAGCGAAGAAGCGUUACCACCUUGCCUAUGUUCAAGGAUAUAUUCCCCGGUUUGCGCUAGCAAUGGAAAAACUUAUGCCAGCAAAUGCGAGUUUCGGUGUCACAAAACGGAGCUUCAGCGACGUGAUGUGGUUGGCGAAAUCGAUUUGAAGAUCGUGAGGACUGGAGCAUGUGACGGUCCUGAAAUUCCUGAGUUGGAGGAUAUUUUCGAAUAAGGAUGUGUUACGAAUGAACACCCCUGAUUGUUCCAACUGCGUCUACCAAUAUACAGCGUAGUAUUCUGCAUUUAGAGCUUGGUAAAUCCGGCGCUGCUAACGUUUGGCAAACAAUAUCUUUGAACAAUAUUAUGGAAUAGUUUUAAUCAUUUGAAUAACUAAACUUUGAUGAUUAUAACAAUAUAACAAGGAAAUAAUAAAGAAACAAUUAAUGCAACUGUA